AUGGUUGCGAAACUUCUUGUUACGCAGUAUGGGGGUUCGUCGGUGCGUCAAGUUGAUCGCUUACGGAUGACGGGAAUUCGAGCAAACGACCGAAUUGCGAACAGCGAUUUGAACAAGUAUAUGAUGAUAAGAUCGUGGUUGUGUGUGAUCACCUCUGAGUAUGCGUUGAGGCAACUUGGUACGAUUGCUGAUGGGCAUUGCAUUCGAAAAUUACGUGCAUACGAUGGCAAGGGAUGGAAAGAAGAUUGA